AUGAGCUCCAGUUCAGGACAGAGAGUGCCAUCACAUCAAGAGGCUGCAGUCCUUCAAAAUCAAGGUCCCAAGUUCUAUUUCGAGACACAGAAACUCGCGAUCCCCACCAUCAAGCGCCAAGAAGUUCUCGUUGAAUUAGAAGUCACUGGCUUUUGCGGGACCGAUCUUUCACUUGCACACGGUUAUCUUGGCCCAUGUCUAACGAUUCUAGGCCAUGAGGGCGUGGGCCGGAUUUCCGCCGUAGGCUCUUUGUGCACAAGCGAGGCAGCUACGGUAGGCCGUCUGGCCGGUGUUGGCUGGAUUCGUGAUGCAUGUGGAUCGUGCCGCGUAUGCGACAACGAUAUACAAGAUGAGACGCGAUGUCUAGAGCAGGUAUUCAGUGGGCGUGAUGUGCCGGGUACUCUGGCCAGGUAUACUGUUGUACCGGAGAGGUAUAUCACGCCUCUGCCCGAUGGAGUCCCUAGCGAGAUGCUAGCGCCAGUAGUGUGUGCCGGUGCUACUGGUUAUAAAGCACUUAAGCUGGCGAACCUGGCAGCAGGUUCCUGGGUGGGUAUUUCCGGCGCUGCGGGUGCAGUGGGAUCGUUGACAUUAUCAUAUGCCAAGCAUAUGGGCUAUCGACCUAUCGCAAUCGACGGAGGAGAGCGGCAAAGACUUCUCUGCAUGGAAGCAGGAGCAGAGGUGUACUUGGACUUCGAAAAGGAGGACAGUCUGAGGAGCGCCAUGCUCCUGAAAACGGAGGGCAAGCUUUGUUCUGCGAUAAUCGUGUGCGCCGGAGCCGUAACAGCAUAUGAUGAAGCUCUGAAUUGUCUGGAUUACCACGGAACUCUGGUGGCAGUAGGAAUACCCCCGCCUACUUCAAAGAUAUCACUUUUCCCCCUCUUUUUGAUUGACUAUGGAAUUCGCAUCGUUGGGAGCAUCGCGGGCGGUCGUGUGGAUAUUGCAGAGGCUGCAGAAUUUGUUCGCAAGGGCUUGGUGAAGCCAAGGGUGACAGAAAUUGGCAUUCACGAACUAAAGAGCUAUGCUAGACGCGUGAACGAACUGGACGGGAAGCUUGUUGUGCGACUGGGUGCAAAUGUUGGGUGA